AAACGCGCCGCGCCUCGCGCACGUGAUACACGCGUUCGCUGAGGACGAGCCUGAUGAGCGCGCACCCGUCGUCAUCAUGGGAAGUAGUGUUUUCAGCGGAGGAGAAGCAACUGAGGAGAAUGUCUGAGGUAAAUGCUCCCAUUGAAAAAGUCUCUAUAACAGCCCUAGAGUCUGAGACUCCGCCCUUAAAGUCAGAUACAGGGCCUGUGAUUGGUGGACUGCGUUUGCGCUCUGCACCAGGGGCUUGUUUGUUGUUUGCGGGUGUUUUGCUGAUAGUUGGAAUCGGCGUCGCUGUAGGGGGGUACUGGAACAGUCAACCCCGCAGACAAACACCACAUCAUGCUUCAACUGGACGCACCUCUUCAGAGAAACUGAAGCUAAUUGGUCCUGUCAUUAUGGGGGUGGGGCUUUUCAUCUUUAUUUGUGCCAACACAAUUCUCUAUGAAAACCGUGACAGAGAACAACGUCAUAAGCGAGACCAUCAAAAACACGACCAGGAGAUCCUAACACUGGUACAAACCCAUCGGAAUAAUCAUUCAAAGCAGUUCCCACACACAGAAAUGAAAACCAGCACACAUACAUUGGACUUGUCCGAAUUCAACAUCCAUUGCUUAGAGGAAGGGGACGGAAUUCCCACCCUAAAGUGUUCUUUGCCUUCCUCUGGCUCAUGUAGCUCUAGUCAAGUGAACCUGGAAACCGGAUCACCCCUCAGAGUACGCAGAAACAUGGAAAGACUGGCCUUGCCUGUCAUUAAAGUCAAUGACUGCCUGAUUUGCUCCUCAGACCCGGUGCCUCCACCUCUCCCUGAUCGGACAUACAUGAACAAGAUGGGAAAAGUGGAAAACACAGCAAACGUGGAGCUAACACAAGUGACUCUUGCAGAAUCAUCUCUAAUGAUAUUGAACAAAGAAGAGCCAAAGGAUCGGUAGGCUUAGUCCACAUUAAGGUUCAUAUAAUGCAUAUAUUGAAUAUAUUCAGGCCAAGAGAUGUUAGAGUUUAAUACGAUUUCUCUAUUUGAUUUUGAUUCGAUUCUGAUUCAUUUGGGUGUAUUUCCAUUAUAAUGUCCAAUUUGAUUACAGUUCUUUCUCUGCUCCUGCUAUAAUGUUUCAGAUGGAUUCAAGCUAAUCUUUUUGAAGCCACUCUUUGAAUGAAUCAGCUUCACUGUAUGGUUUUGAAUCACCAAAAAGAUUUGUUUGCUAAUGGUCACGUUUGUCUGUUUAUGUAAUUUUAUGUUGUCACACUGCUGUACUUAGUCUUUUUUAUUACAUCACGGUAUACAGAACUCCAAUUUAGCUUAACCGUUUUGGUAAACUCUUUUCUGAGAGAAAUAGACGAUUUUCAUGUACGUGGAUGAAUAAAUAGAAAUUAGUUUUCUUUUUGAUGUUUUCAAUGAAUCUUCCCUUGCAUUGUCA